UCAGAGUAACAGGAUAUUUUUGUAGUUCAUACAUUUAUAAUUACUUCUAAAAUUUAUUGUCUCAAAGUUCAAAUACACUUACAUAAUGGCAAGCAUUGGAUGUGUUCAUGCUUGCCUGAAGCAUCUUACAUCUCCUGAUUGUGCUUUGUUGAAGUUAUGCUGUCCUAGAUCUCAACAUUUUCAAAUGGUGCUAAGCUCUUCUCAAUCAUUUAGGGAUGACAUUUGGGCAUCAAAAUCAAAUUAUGAGCAUUCAAGAAAUCGUCAAAAUGAUUAUUCUUCAUGUGCGUGCAAUAUAUUGGCAAGCAGAAGCCAACAGAAAAGUUUAUUUACAAUGCCAAGCAGAGGGCUUCACUCUACUUCCUCUUUGAAUUGUGAAGGUGAUAAAAAGAUUGAAGGAUUUCACAUGUACAUCCCCAAUCCUUUCAAAUGGCUGAGCAACUGGCUGAUUAUUCAGGAGUUCCAAAGCUCCUGGGAUCCCAGCUUUGAUGUGAAAGCUUUCAAGUUUGGAGUUAAGCAGGCUGUGGUGCGAGUUUCAGAGCUUGUUCGUGCCCGAGAGUGGGGAGAACUAAAAGGCCUUGUGAGCCAGCCUAUUAUUGACGACUUCAGACUUUUAAGGAGUCCCAUCACCCAGGAACAGAUCGACGCUCUGGACCUACAACUUAAGAACAUCCUGGCUGUGCACAUUGAUGGCAUCAGAAUGCAGCAAGUCGUCGAUGAAAAAUAUUGUGAUAUUUCUGUACUCGUUUUGGCUGCCAAGCCACACUCUGACCGGCAGAAAACUGACUACAUCACUUUUAAUUUGAGGCUGCAUAGGAACUACACGCGCGGCCGCCUGCCGUCCUGGAGCAUAACUCGCCUGCGGCUGCAGGUGCAGCACUUCUCCAGGGCGUGACGUGGGGGCGCUCACUUCUCCAGGGCGUGACGUGGGGGCGCUCACUUCUCCAGGGCGUGACGUCAGGGCGCUCACUUCUCCAGGGCGUGACGUGAGGGCGCUCAUUUCCCAACUUGACUGCCUUUUUCUGACUGCCCUUCAGUGCCACUUGGAGGAAGUGCCAACAUUCAGUGCUUCUAGGGUGAAGUGCCAAUUGGGUGAAGCAUCACCCUUCUUUGCCACUUGGGUGAAGGGCCGCUCUUCGUUGCCACCCUUAAGUGCCACUCGGGUGAAGUGCCACCCACAGCAUAGGCUACGCCCGUGGCAAGACAACCUGUUUAGCCACGCCAACUUUUCUAAUUUGAAUAAAUAAAAAAAAUCUAGUUUUUAAAAACGAAUAUCAAAGUUUGUACUCGCGUACCGUUUUUCGUUUUUGUUCUAUGGUGAGUAACUGAUUAAUUAUCGUUUAUUUAUUGUUUUGUAAAUAUGUUGUUGUCCA